GUUCUAUCAUUAUCUGUAUCUCUGUCUCUUUAUUGAUGGAACCGACACUUGGGAUUUGAUUAAUUUCGAUUGAAUGACUAGGUGAUUUGGUUGUUUUAGGUUUUUUUCCAAACCUAAAGUCUCGAUGCCAAUCUCUGCCUUCUUUGCCUCUGUCAGCACUAUUUGAAGACCUUUACUUGAGAUUCAUGGCGGCAAACCAACCGCAGGCUCCACAUGGCACUUCCGAUCAUCAGGUGAUGGAGUCUUCAGUGGAUAGAGAACUAGAUCUAGAAGAAAGCCAUGGUAGAAUUGUUGUUGUUAACGAUGAUGAAAAUAAUAGAAAGCAAGAAGAAGAAAGCUUCUGCGCUGCCAUACAGCUGGUAGGUUCAUCUGUGCUGCCAAUGUCUAUUCAAUCAGCAAUCGAGCUUGGCGUUUUCGACAUCAUCGCGAAAGCGGGUCGAGGUGCCAAGCUCUCUUCGUCCACCGCCUUUCUCACGGGGGCUCUAAAACUUAGUAAUUGGAUUCUGUCCACCACCAUUCUCACGGAAGCUCUAAGACUUAGUAAUUGGAUUCUGUGGCGAGCGAGGGAUUAUAGCAGAUUAUGACCUCCACUUCUGACAAAGUAUGAACUUAAUUCCUACUAGUCGUGUAAUAUCCAUCCUACCCAAGAUGGAAAUAUUCUUACUAUUACUGCACUUCUGUCAAUGAUCUGACACUGCAUGCUUUUGUAAUAAGGGUUAUCCCGUAUUGCGUAUUCUCACUUUUAGUUUAAUUGAAGUCUAGACUUUGGUUUUAA